AUGGCUAAUUCAAAAGGAUUAUUUAUAUCUGGUAUUAUUUUAGGAAUUGUUGGUAUAAUAUUAUUUGUUAUAUCAUUUGCGUUAUUUCCAACCGUUUUAAGAAAUGCAACAGAAAGUGCAAUUAAAAGUAAUGUUAUAGUCGAUUCACGGAAAAGUACAAGAUAUAAUGAUUGGAAAGGUCAACAAUCAGUUGAUAAUUAUUAUAAACAAUAUUAUUAUGCAUGGAAUUUGACAAACCCAAAUGAAUUUUUAAAUGGUGAAAAACCAAUUUUUAAUCAAAUUGGACCAUUCAAUUACAAGUAUCUGUGGAGUUAUUCAAAUGUUACUUUUUUAGAGAAUGGAAAUAUGGUGCAGUAUGUAAAUAAGAAAUCAUAUAUUCAGCAACAAGAUGAUGAAACAUUUGAUCCAGAUAUGAUCGAAAUCACCAAUAUUAAUCCAGCAUUUUUGGGUUUAUUAUCUCAAUUACAAAAUAAUGCGAAUCAAAUUGGUGCCUCAUCAGAAGAGUUAUUAUUUAUUUUAGGUUCGGGUCCACAAAUGAAUCAAUUUAUUCAAGAUCUUUCAACUAGUAAUUUCACCCAAAUUGCAUACUUUUUUAAUGGACCAACUAGCUUUAAAUCAAGAUAUGAUUUAAUUAUUCAGUCAUUAAAUGAAAGCAAUCCACAAGAUUAUUUCCUUGAACAAUGGGCAAAUGCAACUAGUAUUCCAAUUGAAAAUGACUAUAUUUGGACCGAUAUGUUAGUAUCCUAUGGUCUUGAUCAGCCACUGGGCAUUAGUUUAGAAUCAGCAAGGAUGAUUUUGGACCCAAACAACACUGCCUCCAUUUUAAAUUUAUCAAGUGGUAUCUUCCUUUGGUUAAACAGUACUAUUAAUAGUAGUAUUCAACAAUCACUUGCCAAUCAAUUAAAUAUUAGUAUCACACAAUUACUCCUCAUUAGAUCUUGGUAUAUGAAUCAGUUUAACCCACAAUUUACCCAAAGUUUACUUUUAGAGACUUGCAAUAUACCUACAAUGGAUUAUUUAGGCCUAUGUCAAUUUGUCACAACUAUUCCUUUAGGAUACCAAUCGAUUUCAGCUUUUAAUGAUUAUUUAUCACCAAAUUGGAUCAAAUCAUUGCCAACUCCAUUCGAAAUCCCAUCUUUAGCAGGUUCAAAUGUUUCUUUUUCAGUUAUGAAUGCAUCAAAAUAUUUAUUCUCUGAAAAUGAUGAAAACUCACUUUUAUCAAUUCAAGGUAUUGGUAAUUUUGCUUCACAGUAUUCAGGCAAUCAAAAUUUUACUGUUUGGAAUAUUAAUUCAAACGAUGCACAAACUUUAUUUAGUUAUAUAUUUGGUAUGUUACCAGAAAGCUAUUCAGAAAAUUUUAUUAAAUCAUUUUAUUCAACAAGCGGUUUAAUUGUUACUAAAACUGUUAACGAUUGGUUAUGGAAUUGUAACGACCCACUUUUACAAGUUUUGGGUAUAGAUAAUAAUUGUGCAUUGCAAUUAAACAAUACUAUUUUCAAACCAUCAACAAUAUAUACUGGUAAAAAUGAUACCUCAAAAACAAAUCAAUACUAUAAAUAUCAAAAUGAAACCAUUUUAAGUGCCUGGAAUCAAGGUGAACCAGUUAAUGUUACCGGCUUUGCAGAAACUGGCCAAUUCCCACCACUUGGAGGCAUACCAAAUUCAUUAACAAUGUUUGAAGAAAAUAUUUUAAGACCUGUUGAACUUCUUUUAAAUGGCCCAUCGCAAGUUGAAGGUAUUAAUACUCAAAGAUAUUAUUUACAAAACAACAGCCUCCCAAUUGAUCCAUCGUUUAAUAGCUCUAUUCAAGGUUUUGCAAAUCUUACAGGUAUUAAAGGUCUUCCGCUAUUCGUUUCACUUUGGGAUAUGUACGAAGUACCACCACAAUAUAGCGGCAAUUUAAUUCCAGGUUUAAAUCAAACAUGGGAGAAUGCCCAAAUUCCAUUAGAUUUAGAACCAAUCACGGGUAAUGCCCUCUAUUUUAACCUUAAGCUCCAAAUUAAUUUAGGUUUUCCAAACAACUCAAACUACUUUGAACCAAAUGGUAAAUGGUCUGGUAUUCAUAUUCCAUCAGACACUGGUUUAUUCAUGCCAUCUUUUAAAAUUGGACUAACUGCCCAACCUUCAAACUCAACUGUAGAUCUCAUAAAAUCACAAUUUAAAGAAAUUCAAAUAGUAAAAGUUGCCCCUGUUGUAGUUUUUGCAAUUUUUGGUGGAAUUUUAGUUGUAGCAAGUAUAAUUAUGUCAUCAGUAGGAUUCCGCAGAAUUUUUAUUAGAAAAGGUUAUCAUCAAAUUAAUUAA